GGCCCACCACUUGCCCACCGAAGGUGUUAUUCUGGGUUGAAGGGCACGUUUCAAGCCCUUGCCCUUGCCAUCCCUUCAUGGUGGAACAGCUCUGAGCCACCAUUCCCCCCCACCGACCAUUAAGAACACACGCAUAUGCCUCCCCACGACUCUCUCAGCCAAUUUCCCAAACACAAACCUGUAAUUCGACGACGUAACUCAAAUUGGAGCUUGAACCAUUUGGGCAUAAAUUAGUUUCUGAUCCACCUGAACCAAGUUCGAUCAUUGCAGGUCUUCAUUUCUCCUUUUCAGCAUUAGGGUUUAAUCUUAUUUGGAUCAAAACCCUAAAAAAUUUUCAUCGAAAUGAUGAACCUUUCUUCAAUACAUCGGUUCUUCUCCUCCUCAGUCGGCCUGAAAAAUCACAAAUUAUCAAUCCUGAACUUCUCUACGGCGUCGGCGGCGGCCGAAACAGUGUACAAUCACCUGCAGAAAAAUGGUAGCAACGUAGAGGAAAUCCUUGCCUCGGUUCAGGUGAAAUUGGACUCCAAAUAUGUAAGUCAGGUUUUACAGAGAUGCUAUGGUAGCCGUUCCCAAAUGGGUCUUAGGUUUUUCAUAUGGGCAGGUCUUCAAUCCACUUAUAGGCACAGCUAUUUUAUGUAUAGCAAAGCUUGUGAAUUGUGUGAGAUUAGGAUAAAACCGAGUGUGAUUUUCGAUGUUUUGGAGGCUUAUAGAAUUGAAGGGUGCUCUGUUAAUCUGAAGACGUUUAAGGUUGUUUUUAAUUUGUGUAAAGAAGCUAAGCUUGCUGAUGAAGCAUUAAGGGUAUUAAGGAAAAUGCCGGAAUUUGGUUUGCGUCCGGAUACUACGGUGUAUAAUGUCGUUAUAAGAUUGUUUUGUGAUAAUGGUGAUAUGGAUAUGGCUGAAAGUUUGGUGAAGGAGAUGCGGUUGGUGGAUCUUUAUCCCGAUUUGAUCACGUACAUGGUACUGAUCAAGGGGUUUUGUAAUGUGGGUCGGUUAGAUAAUGCUUGUGGCUUGUUUAAGGUUAUGAAGGAACAUGGUUGUUUGCCGAAUGCUGUGGUGUACUCGGCACUUCUUGAUGGAUUUUGUAGGUGUGAUAAUAUGGAGAGAGCUUUGGAGUUAUUGAAGGAAAUGGAGAAGGAAGGUGGGGAUUGUAGUCCUAAUGUAGUAACAUAUACAUCUGUGAUUCAAAAGCUUUGUGACAAGGGACGGUCCACGAAUGCCUUGGUUAUUUUGGACCGAAUGGAAGCUUGUGGAUGUGCCCCAAGUCGCGUUACAGUUAGUUCUCUGAUUAAGGGUUUGUGCGUUGAGGAUCGAGUUGAAGAGGCUUGUAAGUUGAUUGAUAGAGUUGUUGCUGGACGUAGUGUCACAUAUAGUGAUUGCUAUAGCUCUCUUGUUGUGUCGUUGGCAAGAGGUGGGAAAAGUGAGGAGGCAGAGAAGGUCUUUAGGAUGAUGGUUGAUGGCAGGGUCAAACCAAAUAGUUUGGCCUCUAGCAUUAUUUUGAAAAAACUUUGUUUGGAGGGUCAGGUGGUAGAAGCGUUGUGCUUGUUUGAUGAACUUGAGAAAAUGCAAUGCUUGUCUUCCAUCGACUCUGAUGUGUAUUCUAUCCUCUUAGUGGGGCUUUGUCAACAAAAGCAUUUAGUGGAGGCUGCAAAGCUGGCAAGAGCAAUGCUCAAUAAAGGAAUUAAACUGAAAGCUCCUUAUGUUGACACAAUAGCUGAGAUAUUGAAGAAAUCCGGAGAUGAGGAGUUAAUUAAGAAUUUGACUAGAAUUGCAAGGUGAAGUUGAGCAAAAGAAAACCUUCAUCUGUCUUGGAGGUUCUCAUGUGUUUAUCUGGAAUUGUGUUCUACUAAGAUCAAUAUCUCCGACCAAGAAGAAAACAAUUCUUGAGUUGAGUUGGUAGUAUCUAACACAAUAGUUGAGAUACUGAAGAAAGUCCUGAUCAACCUUUAUACUGAGGACAGGAUAAGUUGGAAACCUUGAAAGAAACGAAAAUGGUUGACAAGGGCGACAACAGAGGUAAGUCAAGUUCGUGAUAGGACGACGAGGAUCGAGUUCUACAUCAAUUUGAUAGCAAAGCAUCAACAGUUGUACUUGAUGUUCAUCCUAUACAAUAUCAAGUGCCUGUAGUCAACCAGAAAGCUUUACUGAUUAGCUUUCUGGGUUCACAGGGGAAUUGUAAUUACCUUAAGAUUAUUAUUGGAACUUGUCUAUGGCCAUUGGGAAUCCGGGAUCAUUGUUUCCGAUAAUUGGUAUUUAAUAUUUUUUCUUUCAAAUGAUGUAGUCUGCGGCUAAUCAUACUUGAGUGUUUGCAUUA